AUGACAGGACUAGUGUCCCAAGCAGGCUCCAUGCCACCUGUGAUCUCGAACAUUCCAAUAUCUUUCUCAGGACACCUUUGGACGCGACACCUCGCCAGCACAGCUGGGUACACUCUUAUUGUGUACGACUACUUCCUGACUUUGAGUCAAGAGAUCGAGUACAUCUGGGGGGCAAAGUGGACGCCCGCCAAAGUGUUGUAUCUCAUCAACAGAUAUGUCCUCAUCGGCACACAGACCUUCAUCUUGAUGGAACAUACGGGUAUGUUUUACCGAAGCCAUCGUACACAGGUGGACUUUUUACAGUUCUGCUGGGAAUAUACGCUUGUCGGAAUUUUAUCCAAUUAUUUCACCAUGGAGACAGUGCACCUGUCUGUUCUCUUACGAGCUUGGACAGUGUGGGGAUUCCAUCGGGGCUCAUUUCUCCUGCUUAGAUAUGAGCGGAUAUGCCCGUACCCGACGCGCCUCAGGAGGCACCUCAAAAUCUCAGCUAUUCUUUUCCAUAUCGUAUGCACAUUCGGCAACGUGUUCUAUAUGUUUACUUGGUGA